AUGGCCCCCCAUGGCCCAGUCCCGGGAAACCGGGAGCCCAGAGCACUUGUGGCCACAGAGGCGCUGGCAGGCAGCCCUCGGGGUGGGCGGGGCCGGCUGCAGGCAGAUGGGGAGGAGACCACGCCGGGCACCUCCAGCACCCCAAGUCCGCGGGAGCGCACGCGGGCCCUGAUGUGGGACUUGCCGCUUGUGGACGGCCACAACGACAUGCCCCUGGUCCCGAGGCAGUUUUACCACCACGGGCUACAGGAUGUUAAUCUGUGCAAUUUCAGCCAUGGCCAGACUAGCUUGGACAGGCUGAAAGACGGUCUCAUGGUUGCCCAGUUCUGGUCAGCCUACGUCCCAUGCCAGACCCACGAACGGGAUGCGGUGCGCCUCACCCUGGAGCAAGUUCACUUCAUCUGCCUCAUGUGGGCCUCCUAUUCUGAGCUGGAGCUUGUGACCUCAGUUAAAGCUCUCAACAAUACCCCGAUGUUGGCUUGCCUCACUGGUGUGGAGGGAGGCCACUCACUGGACAGUAGACUCUCCAUCUUGCGUACCUUUGUGCACUAUGUGUCACUCACCCACACCUGCAACACGCCCUGGUGAGCACAUGCGCAGAGCUCAGCAAAGGGUAUCCACCCCUUCUACAGCAAUGUCAGUCGGCUGACCAGCUUUGGCGAGAAGGUGGUGGCAGAAAUGAACCGCCUGGGCAUGAUGGUGGACUUGUCCCAUGUCUCGGAUGCUGUGGCACGGUGAGCCCUAGAAUUGUCACAGGCACCUGUCAUCUUCUCCCACUCACCUGCCCAGGGUAUGUGCAAGAACACUCGGAAUGUUCCUGAUGAUAUCCUGCAGUAUCUGAAGAAGAAUGGUGGCACCGUGAUGGUGUCCUUGUCCGUGCGGGUGCUGCAGCGCAACCCGUUAGCCAACGUGUCUACUGUGGCAGAGGCUGAUGACUGGUACCCGUCCGAGGCCAAGGGGUUGGGGACCCCUGACCUAGAAACUCAAAAGCAGACAGUUGACUUUGAUUAA